CAAUAGACAACGACAUGGCAUUUAGGAUCACUCUGUAACCCCCCACAUAAUUGGUUGUGGCUAAAAUCUCACAGACAGACUGUGUAGGUUACGUUUUUACUUGUAAUCAAGAUCUUGAGAAACCGGGGCACAGCUGAGUGACAGUGAAGCCUCAAGUUGUUGGGGUUCCCGAUAUAAAUCAGCGACACAACCGCAUAAAAUAGCUCCAACUGCACACUGUUGCAUUAUUUUUUUUUCGGUCUGCACGAUCCAUGGGAUGGAGCUCCUUGGUGUAGUAUCUUUACUGCUGGCACUUGCUGGGGAGGUGUGCAGUAAGCCCACCUACCGAAAAGAGAGGGUCUACCAGGAGCCUGAGCUGAGCGAUCAACUGCACGAAGAUAAUAAGAGUUUCCAGUAUGACCACGAGGCCUUUUUGGGAAAAGAAGAAGCCAGGACUUUCGAUCAGUUAACUCCCGAAGAGAGCAAGGAUAGAUUGGGGAAAAUUGUUGCCAGAAUAGACAAUGAUAGUGAUGGUUACGUGACUACAGAAGAAUUGAAAAACUGGAUUAAAAGAGUCCAGAAUCGAUAUAUAUACGAAAAUGUUGCAAAAGUGUGGAAGGAUUAUGAUAUGAACAAAGACAGUAAAGUUACUUGGGAAGAAUACAAGCAGGCUACGUAUGGCUACUAUUUAGCAAACCCAGAGGAAUUUGAGGAUGCAUCAGAUCAGUUCAACUUCAAGCGAAUGCUACCACGUGACGAAAGGCGAUUCAAAACAGCAGAUUUAGAUGGUGAUACGUCACUAACACGGGAGGAGUUCACUGCCUUCCUUCAUCCAGAGGAGUUUGAGCACAUGAAAGAUAUUGUGAUCUUGGAAACUCUGGAUGACAUUGACAAGAAUGGAGAUGGUUAUGUAGAUGAAGAUGAAUAUAUUGCUGAUAUGUUUGCACAUGAGGAUGGCGGGCCAGAACCAGACUGGGUGAAAACAGAGCGUGAGCAAUUUGCUGAUUUUCGUGAUAUUAACAAGGAUGGAAAAAUGGACAAAGAGGAGGUCCGACACUGGAUUUUACCACAGGAUUAUGACCAUGCACUUGCUGAAGCAAGACACUUAGUUUAUGAAUCGGAUGUGAAUAAGGAUCAGUUACUAUCUAAGGAAGAGAUUCUGGAAAACUGGAACAUGUUUGUAGGAAGCCAGGCUACAAAUUAUGGAGAAGAUCUCAUCAGAAACCAUGUUGAGUUAUAAUGCUCCAGAAAUGAAAUUUGAUGGCACACAAUUACGAUCAAGGGAAGUAAAACAGACGUGGGGGGAGGGGCGCUGCUGUGAGCCUUUUUAACAUUUCUAAAAUUUGCACCAGUAUGUCCUAAAUCAUCUGUGUGGGUGUCGGUAUGGGUGUGUAUGUAUGUUUGCAUGCGUGAGUGCUGUGUACUUCUUGAACAUAUAUAGUUGUUUGCAAAUAUAAUAUAUAUUUUACCUCAAAAUCAGGGAAGAUGAUUCCUGCUACUGUAUUUGCACCAUAGUUUGUGUAUAAAAACAGUAUUGACAGCUAAAAUGCUGGUUUUAAUUAUCUUUUCUGACUGUGUUUAUGUUGUAUCAGAGAGACUGCUGUUUUAAUGAAAUUACUGCAUUUUGCCACAGGGCUUCAGUUAUUUUAUGAUGGUGAUGCUAGUAUGAUGUAUGUUUUUGUUUCAACCCAUCUUUAAUCACUGUAUAUAGUACCAAGCCGCAGGACCAGUUAACACAAAGUGCGUAGAUGGAUGACUCCUAAUACAUUUGCCAUUCUUUGCUUAAAAUGCAUGUAAAAGUCAUAGGGACUACUGCAUAUUUAAUGUUUGUCACUUCUAGUGAGUUUUUAUAGUGAACAAAUUCUCAGUUGGAAAAGAAAACAUAUUUGUUUCUGGCUGAUAGCAUUUUUAAAAUGUAUUUUAACAGCAGUGCUGUUUUUGCAAAAUAUUAUAUUGGUAUUUAUACUGCAUUUCUUAGUACUGUUAUAGAUAGUCAUUUAAAAUGUUUACCAUUUUGAAAAAAGAAAGAUUUUUAUAGUUCAGAUCUAGACCUAUUUUCAUGAAUAAAACUUUUUUGGAAGAUG